AGACAGAAACAGAGGUGAAGGCACACCGAAGACAUCGAAGGAGGGAUUGAGAUUGAAGAGUUUCAGAAGAGUAACUUUCUAAAGAGUCGACGAUGAAGACGCUGCUGUUGUUGAGUCUCUGUGUGUACGCGGCCUUCGCUCAGUCCGCGCUGGAGUAUGACGACUAUGACACGGACACCCCAGCGAAGAGUGGAACAGCCAAACCAGCGACGGUAGACGCUCGUGGUCACCGUCCUACAUCGAGAGGCAGAGACCAAUACAGCUAUAACCGCCAUAAUGUGGCCCCCCCUAUCAGCGGAGGCAACAGGUACCGUGGACGCCCCACUGCUGCCCCAACUGGACAACAGGUUCAGGAGAAGGUGGAACAGCCAGAAGCAGGAGGAUGUACACACGCCUCUGAGGAAAUGGGUGUUUUGUGUCCCACUGGUUGCGAGCUGAAGACCGCGCUGCUGAAACAGGAGAGGAGUGUCAAGUCGAGCAUCAGUACCCUCAAGCCUCAGGUGGCUGAAUUGACCCGAUCUACCAACGACAUCCACGACUACGUCACCAGAAUGUCCGUCUCUGUGAGGGAGAGACAGAGAAUCAUUGGCGACAACAGCAGGGUGGUGAGUCAGUACACCGAUCAAGUGGAGGAACAACACGCCUACAUCAAGGAGACAGUCGACACCGUCUUCCCCUCCAACAUCAGAAUACUCACUGGGGUCCUGGACAAGAUCAAGCAGAAGAUCCUGAAGCUGGAGAAGGCCAUCCAAUCCCAAAGGGAGCUGUGCAAGGAGCCAUGCACGACCAAAUGUCCCGUACCUGUUGUGUCUGGCAAGGACUGCGAGGACAUCUUCCGUCGUGGAGGAAAAGACUCCCAGAUGUACUUGGUCAAGCCCGACGCCUUCUACCCUGCAUACAAAGCCUACUGUGAUCAGACGUCCAAGAAUGGAGGUUGGCUUCUCAUCCAGAGCAGGCUUGAUGGCAGCGUUGACUUUGGCAGACGCUGGGACGAAUAUCGACGUGGUUUUGGAAACGUCGCCUUUGAUGUUGGCAAGGGUCACUGCGAAACUCCUGGUGAAUACUGGCUGGGUAACGAUCGUAUCAGUCAGCUGACCAAGAUGGGCCCCACAGAGGUUCUUAUUGAGAUGACGGAUUGGAGUGGAGCCCAGGUCUAUGCCCAGUAUCAGCAGUUUACCAUCCAAACAGAGGCAUCCAACUACGUCAUGGCUGUCGAUGGUUAUAGUGGUAACGCUGGCAACGGUUUCCUGUUGGGAUCCAUGGAACUCUUUGGUGAAAACCGCACCAUGACCAUACACAACGGCAUGAUGUUCAGCACCUACGACAGAGACAAUGACAACUGGACCCCCGGCGAUCCCUCCAAACAGUGUGCUAAGGAAGAUGGAGGCGGAUGGUGGUACAACCGCUGCCACUCGGCCAAUCCCAACGGUCGAUACUACAUAGGUGGAGCGUACACGAAACAGAUGGCCAAGCACGGCACAGACGACGGUGUGGUCUGGAUGAACUGGAAGGGAAGUUGGUAUUCCCUCAAGGCCAUCAGCAUGAAGAUCCGGCCUUACUUUAAUCCGGCCUCCAAAUAAACAUGUUGGAGGGUGCCGACACAUAUAACACACACAGACAGGAACAUGUUCAAAGCAAUCUGUCAGUUUUAAACAACAAUUAAAUGUUUCUGUGAUUUUGGUGGUAACAGCGAACAAGAAGUGAGAAAUAAAAAAAACAUUAAAGAUAUAGAAAGAAAACUAUAAAAGAAAAGUUAUAUGCAGCAUUAAGGUUAUUAAACUUAAUGUCAAAUGUACUUGUGUCUAAAGAAAAAGAGAGAAACCUGAUUGGUUGUGAGUAAAUGUGCUGUGUCUUCUCGUUAUAUGUGUCAUCUUCGUGUGCACUACCAGGACAAGUUGAUGCUAACUGUCCUCCGCUACUCAAUAAACACAUUGAGGAAUAUA